CAUCCUGGCCAACGAGCCAUCUGUGGCACUGUACCGACUGCAGGAGCAUGUCAGGCGCUCCCUUCCGGAGCUAGCCCAGCAUAAGCGCCGCUGCCCUGCAAGCCCCGAAUCCGCCAGCCAGUUCCUGAUUUCAGACCAGACUGGCCUUCCUCUGCCUUUUUCAUCCAGCCCAGCAUCCCCUCAAAACAAGCAGUAAAAAAUGGGCCGGAAAAAAAUACAGAUCAGUCGAAUUUUGGACCAGCGCAACCGUCAGGUGACCUUCACCAAGCGCAAGUUUGGGCUGAUGAAGAAGGCCUAUGAACUGAGCGUGCUGUGCGACUGCGAGAUCGCCCUCAUCAUCUUCAACAGCACUAACCGCCUCUUCCAGUACGCCAGCACCGACAUGGACAAGGUGCUGCUCAAGUACACGGAGUACAGCGAGCCGCACGAGAGCCGCACCAACUCCGACAUCCUGGAGACGCUGAAGCGGAAGGGCCUGGGGCUGGAGAGCCAGGAACUGGAGCUGGACGAAGGGCUGGACCCCAUGGAGAAGAUCCGGAAGCUGAACGAGGGGGUGGACCUGACGGUGGCGCGGCCCAGGCUCUACUCAUCAGCCCCUCCGCCAAGCCACGAAGCGGCCUACGCGGGCACACCGCCCUCUGGGAGCGACGGAGGGCUCAGCAGUGCCAACGGGUCCCCGCAGCACCAGAGCCGCCUGCCUGUGUUCAAGUCGGCGAUCCCCAAGCACGUCCAGCCUUCGGGGCGCUCCCCGGGGCCACUGCCACCAGGCCUUGGCUACCCUCUCUUCUCCCAUGGCAACCUGAACCGAGCCCUGGCUACCAAGACCCCUCCCCCGCUCUACCUAGGGGCAGACGGCCGCAGGGUGGAUGUCCACAGCAGUUUGUCCAGCGCCAGGAGCAAUCUGACAUCAGCGCGAUCGCUCUACCCUGGCCUGCAGACGGUGAGCCCAGGGCUGCCCGCCGGCAAUGGCAGCCUGCCAGCCCACGGGCUAGGGGGCUUCCCCUUCCUCUCCUCAAGCCAAGCAGAGUACGGGCCCGGCGAGGCCUCCUCGCACCCCGGCUACCUCCAGCCCAACGCCAUCGCCUCCUGGCAGCACCACCGCGACAUGGCAGCCUCCGCGCACCUGCCGCUGGGGGCGGGCGGCAGAAUGCUCCCCACCGAAGAGGCAGCCCCAGCCCCCAGCAGCUCGCCCCAGCACCAGGCCGUCAGCAUCAAAUCUGAGCGGGUCUCCCCGGUGAUCAGCUGCAGCUCGGCCACCCCCCAGCACUCCCUGAGCGGCCUGUCCUCCCUCGGCGACGUCCCCAGAGGCCCCGGGGACCCGCCCCAGCGAGACGAGUAUGCCAAGGCCUAUCACUACCCGCUGGUCCUGUCCCGGCCGCUGGCGGAGGAGCAGCAGGGGGGUGUCCCCAUGCGGCGCCUGCAAGUGACGGACGUUUGGCAGAGAUAGUGGGGCCGGCUGUCCGGGGUGGGGGGACGCCCGCGCUGUUUGUGUGUACGUACUGGCAGUGGCAGGCCCAGUGUGUGACAUGCCUCCUUUUCUGCUCGGAAGCACUUGUACCUUUCUCCUGGGGUCCCCUGCAGCCAUGGCUACCCACAGGGCAUGGCUGAGUGCUGGGGCGGGGGGGAAGUCCCAGAACACCCUGGGCUG